CGAAACCUCAGGCUGCUGCUACUAAGAGGUGUAUGUGUUUUUAUGGCGACCAGAGCUGCGGCAUCUCCCCUAUGAGCCCCUGAUGAGUCCCUGCAGCAACAAAAGGAUUUAGCCCUUCGCUCCGCUGGACGCAGCUUCAUGAAAACAAGGGCCAAGACUCGUGUAGCGCGCAGACCUGCACCUUUUUGGCCCAGAUUGGAGGGAGGACAUAGCGAGUGACCGUCAUGGCAGCGUCGGAGCUGUACACAAAGUGUGCCCGGGUGUGGAUCCCCGAUGUGGACGAGGUCUGGAAGUCUGCUGAGCUGGUGAAGGACUACAACAAUGGAGACCAAUCCCUGCAGCUUAUGUUGGAGGAUGGAACGAAACUUGAACACAAGUUGGACCCAAAAACAAAGAACCUGCCUCACCUGCGUAACCCUGACAUCCUGGUGGGUGAGAAUGACCUCACGGCGCUCAGCUACCUGCAUGAACCGGCUGUUCUCCACAACCUUAAAGUCCGCUUUAUCGACUCCAAGCUCAUCUACACAUACUGCGGAAUUGUUUUGGUGGCCAUUAACCCGUAUGAGAACCUUCCGAUCUAUAGUACGGACAUCAUCAAUGCAUACAGCGGGCAGAACAUGGGAGACAUGGACCCCCAUAUCUUUGCUGUGGCGGAGGAGGCUUAUAAACAGAUGGCCAGGGAUGAACGAAAUCAGUCAAUCAUUGUGAGCGGUGAAUCUGGAGCUGGAAAGACUGUCUCUGCCAAAUACGCAAUGAGAUACUUUGCCACAGUCAGUGGGUCAGCCAGUGAAGCCAACAUCGAGGAGAAAGUACUAGCCUCAAACCCCAUCAUGGAGGCCAUUGGAAAUGCAAAGACCACCAGAAAUGACAACAGCAGUCGGUUUGGGAAAUAUAUCGAAAUUGGUUUUGACAACCGCUACCGCAUUAUUGGUGCCAACAUGAGAACAUAUCUUUUGGAAAAAUCGCGAGUGGUGUUCCAGGCUGACGACGAGAGAAAUUACCAUAUCUUCUACCAGCUCUGUGCCUCAGCUCAUCUGCCCGAGUUAAAAGUAUUGAAAUUAGGACAUGCAAGUGAUUUUCUGUACACCAGGCAAGGACGUAAUCCUGUUAUUGAUGGUGUGGAUGACACCAAGGAGCUCAGUACCACACGAAAUGCCUUUACACUAUUAGGGAUAAAUGAAUCAUAUCAGAUGGGCCUGUUUCAGGUGCUAGCUGCUAUUCUUCAUCUGGGGAAUGUAGAAAUAAAGGACAGGGAUUCUGACAGCAGUUUAAUAGCUCCAAACAACAGCCACUUGACAUCUUUCUGUGAGCUUGUGGGGGUCAGUUACCAGGACAUGUCCCAGUGGCUGUGUCACAGGAGGCUGAAGACCGCUACAGAGACUUACAUCAAAACUCUUCCUCGGCUCCAAGCCACCAACGCCCGAGAUGCCCUGUCUAAACAUAUCUACGCCAAGCUUUUUAACUGGAUUGUGGAGCAUGUGAACAAGGCCCUGAUCGCAAAUGUUAAACAGCACUCAUUUAUCGGGGUUCUCGACAUCUAUGGGUUUGAGACAUUUGAUAUCAACAGCUUUGAGCAGUUCUGUAUUAACUAUGCAAAUGAGAAACUUCAGCAACAGUUCAACAUGCAUGUCUUUAAGUUGGAACAGGAGGAAUAUAUGAAGGAGCAGAUUCCCUGGACUCUCAUAGAUUUCUAUGACAAUCAACCCUGCAUUAAUCUUAUAGAGGCCAAAAUGGGUAUCCUAGAUCUUCUGGAUGAAGAGUGCAAGAUGCCUAAAGGUUCUGAUGACUCCUGGGCACAGAAAUUGUACAACACACAUCUUAAGACUUGUUCUCUGUUUGAGAAGCCGCGCAUGUCCAACCGCGCCUUCAUCAUACAGCACUUUGCUGACAAGGUAGAAUAUCAGUGUGAGGGUUUCCUGGAAAAGAACAAGGACACUGUAAAUGAAGACCAAAUUAAUGUGCUGAAGGCCAGCAAGUUCAACUUGUUAGUGGAGCUGUUCCAGGAUGAGGAAAAGGCCAUAAGUCCAACUGGACAAGUCCCUGGGACCGGAGGCCGAACACGACUCAGCGUCAAACCUGAUAAGAGUCGUGACAAGAGCAGCAAGGAACACAAGAAGACAGUUGGCUGCCAGUUUCGAAACUCUCUUCAAAUGCUGAUGGAUACUCUGAAUGCUACCACUCCACAUUAUGUUCGAUGCAUCAAGCCCAAUGACUUCAAGCAGGCCUUUACAUUUGAUCCUAAACGUGCAGUGCAGCAGCUCAGAGCCUGUGGUGUUCUGGAAACCAUUCGCAUCUCUGCAGCAGGGUUCCCAUCCAGGUGGACCUAUCAGGAGUUCUUCAGUCGGUAUAGAGUCCUGAUGAAGCAAAAGGAUGUCCUUCCAGACAAAAAGUUAACCUGCCGAAAUGUCCUGGAGAAACUUGUCCAGGAUCAAGAUAAAUACCAGUUUGGUAAAACAAAAAUCUUCUUCAGAGCUGGCCAGGUGGCUUAUCUGGAGAAGCUCAGGGCAGACAAAUUGCGUGCUGCAUGUAUUCGCAUCCAGAAAACGAUUCGCUGCUGGCUGGCUCGGAAGAAGUAUCUUCGUCAACGCAAGGCUGCUAUCACGAUCCAGAGGUUCACCCGGGGAUACCAGGCCCGCUGCUUGGCAAAGUUUCUGCGGCGCACCCAGGCAGCUACUAUCAUACAGAAGUAUCAGCGGAUGUAUGUGGAGAGGAAGCGCUACAAGCAGAAGCAGGCAGUCGCUUUGGCCAUGCAGAGAAUCCUCCGAGCUUACAUGGCCCGCCAGAAGUAUCUAGCGCUCGUCCGGGAGGCUAAGGUUGUCAUCAUUCAAAAACGUGUCCGAGGGUGGUUGGCCCGGUGUUGGUACAAGCGCUGCCUCCGCUCCAUUGUUUACCUGCAGUGCUGCAUUCGCAGGAUGAGAGCCAGACGUGAGCUGAAGAAACUCAAGAUUGAGGCUCGCUCUGUGGAGCACUUCAAAAAGCUCAACAAAGGCAUGGAAAACAAGAUCAUGCAGCUACAGAGAAAGAUAGAUGAGCAGAACAAAGAAAAUCGUUUGGUCAAUGAAAGGCUUGUUAGUAUAGAAAGUUCAUAUACAGCAGAAAGUGAAAAAAUGCGAAGUGAGCUCAAUCGUCUUCAUGGUGUGGAAGAAGAUGCAAAGAACAAAGCUAACCAGUUAUCAACACUCCUGGAGGAACUGGAGAGGUUAAAGAAAGAGCUGACCACCACACAACAAGAAAAGAGAACUAUUGAGGACUGGGCGCAAAACUACAAGGCCGAAAUGGAAAAGAUGGUGUCAGAACUCAAAGACCAGAAUGGUUCACUGAAGAAAGAGAAGGACGAUUUGAACAGGCUGAUUCAGGAACAGAGUCAACAGAUGACAGAGAAAAUGGCUCGAGCAAUAGCACAAGAGACUCAGCAACUUGAAACAGAUUUGAACGAGGAGCGUUCUCGUUACCAGAAUCUCCUCUCUGAACACCUUCGCCUGGAGGAGAAGUACGAUGACCUGAAAGAAGAGAUUUCUACUCACAUCUCCAAGCCUGGGCACAGGAGAACAGACUCCACUCACAGCAGCAAUGAGUCAGAGUACACCUACAACUCAGAAUACACAGACAUGGACAACAGCUCCAGAACUAGAGAAGACGUAACGCGAGGACUAGACACAACUCUUACUCUGAAGCUCCAGAAGCGUCUAACAGAACUCGAACAAGAAAAACAGUCUCUGCGCGAUGAGUUAGAAAACAAAGAAGAGCAGUACCAGCGGGCUAGAGCCAGGGAUGAUGCAGAGUUUAAAAAGGCCCGUGGAGCAGAGCUUGAAUACGAGUCCCUCAAACGUCAGGAACUUGAGUCUGAGAACAAGAAAUUGAAGCAUGACCUGGCCGAGAUGAGGCAGAGUUUACUGGGGGAUAAGUCUGCUAACAUGGGGGCCCCUGGGUCUCCUGCUUACAAGGUGCUCCUGGAUCAGCUCAAUGCCUCCUGUGAAGAGCUAGACGUGCGCAAGGAGGAGGUGCUCAUUCUGCGCUCUCAACUGGUCAGCCAAAAGGAAGCCUUCCACCACAAGGAAACCAUGACUGAACCUUCUGUUUUUGCUCAAGAUGUGUCCAAGCUUAAAGAUGCCGAUGAGCUCAAGCAAGCCUAUGUGGGUCUCAAAGACACCAACAGAUCAGCUGCACCAGACAUCCAUAAGCUGAAUGAGGAUGGGGAGCUGUGGCUGGUUAAUCAGGGCUUAAAGGAGACAAUCAGAUUGUUGGAGCAGCAGCUGCAGACUCAGCGGAGGAGCCAUGAUAAUGAGGUGGAGUCUCUGCGCGGCGAGCUGCAGAGUGUGAAAGAGGAGAACAAUCGUCAGCAGCAGCUCCUGGCCCAGAACCUGCAGUUACCCCCAGAGGCCCGCAUUGAAGCCAGCCUGCAGCAUGAGAUCACCCGCCUCACCAAUGAAAACCUGGAGCUCAUGACUGAUGACCCAACUGAAUCCCGAGAGGCCAGAGUCAUCAUUUUGCGGCGGAUGGUUGAUCUCAUGGAACAACUGGAGAAACAGGACAGAACUAUUCGCAAACUCAAGAAACAGCUAAAGGUUUACUCCAAAAGGAUAGGAGAAAUGGGAGCGGGACAGACUGAGGGCCAGACAUCUCCAGGACAGAUGGUGGAGGAGCCCAUUCAUCCAGUUAAUAUUCCUCGCAGAGAGAAAGACUUCCAGGGAAUGUUAGAGUACAAGAAGGAGGAUGAGAUGAAAUUAGUCAAGAACCUUAUUCUUGAGCUGAAACCUCGAGGUGUUGCGGUGAAUCUUAUCCCAGGCCUUCCCGCUUAUAUUCUGUUUAUGUGUCUAAGACAUGCUGACUAUGUAAAUGAUGAUCAGAAAGUCCGUACUUUGCUCACCUCCACUAUCAACAGUAUUAAGAAGAUCUUAAAGAAACGUGGUGAUGAUUUUGAGACAGUCUCUUUCUGGCUCGCAAACACGUGCCGCUUUCUGCAUUGUCUGAAACAGUACAGUGGAGAUGAGGCCUUCAUGAAACACAACUCUGUUAGGCAAAAUGAACAUUGCCUAUCAAACUUUGACUUGGCUGAGUACAGACAAGUGAUCAGUGACCUUGCCAUCCAGAUUUACCAGCAGCUUGUCAAAUGCAUGGAUAACAUCUUAUUGCCCAUGAUAGUCCCUGGAAUGUUAGAGCAUGAGACCAUUCAGGGCGUGUCAGGGGUGAAGCCCACAGGUCUAAGAAAGCGGACGUCCAGUAUUGCCGAUGAGGGCAUCUACACGCUGGACUCUAUCCUGCGCCAGCUUAGCGCCUUCCACUCCACCAUGUGUCAGCACGGCAUGGACCCCGAGCUCAUCAAACAGGUGGUGAAACAGCAGUUCUACAUCAUCGGAGCAGCCACCCUCAACAACCUGCUGCUGCGUAAGGACAUGUGCUCCUGGAGCAAAGGCAUGCAGAUCAGGUAUAACGUGAGCCAGCUGGAGGAGUGGCUCAGGGACAAGGGACUGAUGGGGUGUGGAGCCAAAGAGACUCUGGAGCCUUUGAUUCAGGCCGCACAGCUCCUACAGGUGAAGAAGAAGACCGAUGAAGACGCAGAGGCCAUCUGCUCCAUGUGCCAGGCCCUCACCACUGCACAGAUUGUGAAGGUGUUGAAUCUCUACACUCCAGUCAACGAAUUUGAAGAAAGAGUUUCUGUUGCAUUCAUACGAACUAUACAGACGCGCUUACGAGACCGCAGUGACAGUCCUCAUUUGUUGAUGGACACCAAGAUGAUUUAUCCAGUCACUUUCCCGUUCAACCCUUCCUCUCUCGCUCUGGAAACCAUCCAGAUUCCCAGCUCACUCAACCUGAGCUUCCUCACACGAGUCUAACAUGGACUGAACCUCCUGCAUUUUCCUGCUUUUAGAACAUUCAAUAGAUAGAUCAUGUAUUUUGUUGCAGGCAAUGAAAAAUUACAUAACAACACAUGUAAUAAAAACACUUAUUUAUACAACAAAACCUUUCAAAAGCAUGAAAUGACUACAAAGUGACUCUUCAAAAUCCCGUGGAUUUUUGACACACAUAUUCACACACAAUUGCUCUUAUUUUCUAAUAUGCCAAAAACUGGCCUGAUUUCAUUCAUGAAGUGGUAAAAAUUUCAUAGGGAUUAAAAACCAACGCACAAACACAUUUUCUAUUAUUCAGGGGAUGCAAAACCAACCUGCAUUCAUCUUCUGCUUGUAUAAAUGCCUACGACUUAUCAAAAUAGAUUAAUAGAUUUGUCCCAUUUUAAAUCCUGGUUGCCUGUUACAAUCCCUGUGCUUUGCCUUCCUCUGUGUGAUCAACCAUCUCAUGUUGCUCUAAAUAUGUGGCCUCACAGAGCUGAAUGCUGUUAGAUGACAACAAUAAGCCUGUGUGCAUCGACGUUAAUGCAGAACAAAAUUAUUCCGAUAUGCAUCAAGCGCUUCAAAUUUCUCAGUUUCUCCACUUAAGCAUCUUGUAUUAAUCAUAUACUAUUACAUAUAAUUUUAUCUAACCAUGUAGCCAUUAUUCCUGCUUCAGAGCUACUUCAACUACAUUUUUGUAAUAACAAGUGCAUACUCUAAAUACAUGCUUGCUGUCCAUGAUUGUCACUUUUCCUCUGUUUGGAAUAAUGGGAACACAUGUUUUGAUUGCAGGUUAAUUUGCUUUAAUCUUGCCCAUUUACUGCUCUGUUCUACACCAAAUUGUCCACACCACAUAAACAGCACACACAGUCCUUAUACCCUUUUGUCAUAUCUUGAAAUAUUUUAUCAUGAUUAUUUAUUUAUUUUAGUUGUGUCAUUGUAUUGUGUACCAUGUAAAGAAAAGAAUGAAAGUAUCACAGCCAUGGUUUGUCUCAAGUCCAGCUUUAUAACAGUGUUAUUACUUACUUCUCUUCUACAUGCUUUCCUUAAGUUAAGCCAACAAAGCCCCGCAGGCUCCUGCUACCAAAAAUAUGCCAUAUCUUGUUGAUGUUUCCCUGUUUCCAUACAUUUGUUAAUCGCACAAUGCACUUGAUAAUUUUAUUGUUAUAUGGCUGCUUGACACACAUGCAAGACCCUUGAUCGGGCCUCCUUCUACUGUGUAUAAUAAUGUUGUUAACCAAGAUGCAUAAGCAUAAACAUUAUCCAAAUCAAACUGCAUGGCACGCUUUAACUUAACACAAACUGCAGUGCAGUUGAGAGUUGCUGGACAGUUUUAGAAAAUGCUCUUGAAAGAAGCCUGUUUCAUGAUUGUGUGUAACUGGUCCUAUUGUCUCAUAUUUAGAACUUUUUUAUUUUGCACUUCCUACUGUGCCAUUAUUUUUACCCUCAACAAAUACUUGCGUCUUUCUCCUCAAAGUUUUUUGCCUUCUGACAUUACCCUUUGCAUGUUUCCACAAUGACUAAUAUGUGCAUUAAAUAAAAAAGACAUGUCAUGAUGUCUGGAGGAUCAAAUAUAUGAAGUUAUUGUUUAGUUUUGUGAGGAUAUAUUCAACAAUCUUAUGUAUUUACUUUAUUUCAGCAGUGACUCAAUCCACUACAUGAAUGUUUUAAACAAGUGUCAUCAUUUCAACUGAACACAGAGGACAAAGCCUUAUCUGACUCGUAGUGCUGUAGUUUUGCUGUCCCGGUGUUAGAGUGCACUGUUCCAAAAUGCACUUUUGUCAUUUCAUCAAUAACCUGGAGCGUAGGAUACUUUCUGAUCACCUCUACACUUUAACUGUGUCCACUGAGCUAGCCCCCCCAGGGUGAACAUACUUGGUUUUCUAAGUGAUGUGUCUUGCAUUGUUUUAAUGUAAAUUGUAUAGGCCAUUAGUAGUAAGAAAUAAAUAGGUUUUAAUGUAUACAUAUAAAAAAGCAGUAUUCUUUCAGGGACUUGUUGCUUUAAGAGUGCACGGGGCAAUGCGUUUUAGUCCUCCUUGGAAUCGUUGUAGUCUAAAGGCAGAGAUGGAUAUUAAGAUACAAAUCGUAUAAAUACAUAUCUAACUUUAUCAGCACUCUCAUUAUCUGUACCAUUGUAAGGACAUUUCACACCAGGACAUCUGCUCUCACUCUGGUGCACACCAUCAGCCCUCUCGGGUCCAUGUGUACUUUAUGGACUAAAUGGACCGUUUGUAGUUUCUGGUAGCUGUGCUUUAGUGAAUGUGUUCAC